AUGCAGCGUACACCAGCCGAAGUGGCACCGACGUUCCACGGCUACAUAGAGUCUACUGCCGACGUUCUGCUCGUGCUCCAGGCCGUCCUGGACGGCAAGCUCGCCACCGUCAGCCGCAGGCCCUACGAAAUUGAGCGACCGCAACUGAUCGCGUCCGGCAACCUGUUCGUGUUCAUAGAGGAGACCUCGGGCAUACGACGUUGGACCGAUGGCGUGCCGUGGUCCCCGUCUCGCAUUCUAGGCAAGUUUCUCGUGUACCGGGAACUCGAUAAAAGGAAAAAAAGCCCGCCCUCACUGGCACCCCUCAAUGGGGCUGCCCCCCCACCGCACCAAUCUCCGCAUGCUGGCUCCACUUCUUCCGCAACUUCCUCUUCUUCUUCUUCACAUUCGUUCCGCUCCGGCGGCUUGGUGAAAAAAGCCAUGUCGCUGCAUCUCGAACGCAGCCCGCACUUGAAUCUCCCGCUUCAACACCACACCAUCCAUAUCAUCUCUUACUUCACUGCGGAAGACGUGGAUGCCAACCUUCUGAAGACCCCUACCAACGAUCCGUUUUUCAAAGAUAUCAAGCCCUGUUCAGAACUUAUGGACGCGCUAGAAAAAUCCACCGUGGGUAGCAGCUCUAAAAAUUCUGCUCCCUCUGCAAGCAGAUUACUUCGUGCAGACUCCACUUCUUCCACUUCUUCCUCUUCAAAACAGCAGCAAAAGCCUAUGUUUGUCGCCAGUCCAUUUUAUACUGCUCCUUUCCAAAGUUUGCCGCAGAGCUACCCUCCACCACCGCCUCACGGCUUUCCUCAGUCCAUAUCCCCGCCUGCACCGUUGCAAGGUGGAUUUCCACAACCGUAUCCUCAAGGUUACUCCCAAAGUUAUCCAACAGCACUGCCCCACACGUUCUCGCAGGGUUUCCAACUGGGCUACCCUCAGGAGCAACAGACUUACGGUUUCCAACCACAAGUGUACGCUCAGGGAUUACCCCAAGGUUAUCCUUCGAAUCUUUCGCAAUCUUUGCCGCCUCAGGGCCCAGCUUUAGGGAUUUCACAGGGCUUGAUUCAGGGACAUCCUCAUAAUUUACCCGCCCUUCCGCAAGGUGUUAAUUCACAAUAUGCAUAUUAUCAUGCGAAUCAGAUGUUACCACCACCUGCUUCCCAAGUAGCGCGGUCUGGUUCUUUUUUUGCCUCCCAGGAUCAUCAGCAAACUUCAUCCAAGAGGCCCUCCGGCGCUACCAUUCAGCUGCCUCCCCCCGUGAUUUCUCAAUCCAUACAACAAGAAGAACAGCAGGCACCUUAUCAGGGCGUCCCUGGGAUUAAUAGCUACACAAUUUAUCAAUCUCCUCCGCCGCCAUUGCAGCAUGGUGCGACACAAUUAUCGCAGAGCCAAAAGCUCCCUCAAAAUCAUCAACAGCAUGUACAACAGCAUUUCUCGCCUCCACACCAGUCGGUAUACGUACCGUAUCAAAAUCAAAAUCAAAAUCAAAAUCAAAAUCAAAAUCAAAAUCAAAAUACGCUCGGCAAAGACGAUUCUUCUACUAGGAAUGGUGAAUCGUCGUCGCCAAGGGUUAGUCUGCCCUCUGUCAUUCAAUUUGCCAACAAUAACCAAGAGCAGAAUGAUAAUUCCAAAGUGGGCAGAUCUUCGUACUUUCCCAAAUAA